AUGCAGACACUGUACUUUGUUGUGCCAUGUGUUAUCCUUUUGUUUCUUUUGAUCUUUCCAAAUGGCUUUUGUAUUGCUGAUACCAACAUGAAAUCAGGUUCUCAAUGCUCAGAAGCUGGUUAUUCUAACAAUGAUGGCACAUUCCAAACCAAUCUGAGAAGUUUGUUGGAUUCACUUGCAUCUAAUGUGGUGGAACACCAUGGUUUUUACCAAAACGUUGUAGGAAAAAAAGGCAACAGGGUUUAUGGUACAGUGUUAUGUAGAGGGGACAUAUCUGCUACCAAUUGUUCUGAUUGCACCCUUAAUUCCACCAGAGUAGCCUCAGAUGAUUGUCCUAUGAGCACAGAUGCUACAGUUUGGUUUAGAUGGUGUUUCGUACGGUAUUCAAAUGAGAGCUUCUUUGGAGUUAUGCAACAAACAGCUGUGGCAAUCACAAAUGAAACUGAUUUUGAUGACCCUUCUGUGGUCUCAGAAGGGCUUCCCUUCAUGAGUGGACUGGCAGCUGAGGCUCCAGACAAGUCAUUCAUGUUCCAUACAGCAGUACUGAACACAAGUCAAAGUGGGAAGAAGAGGUAUGGCAUGGCUCAAUGCACCAGAGAUAUCAGCAGGGAGGACUGCAGAAGGUGCUUGGAUGCUCAGUUGGUAACUUUCAGAACUGUCAUUGGAAACAAAAGAAGAUGGGAAAUUUAUGGAUCUAAUUGCUUUAUGUGGUACAAUGACUAUCAGUUUUAUUCUAAUGGCUCUACACUUCUAAGUGCUGCUUGGAGGUCCUCUUGCACAACAUUAAUAAUUGGCUUGACUCUUGCUGUCUCGGCUGCACUUUUCAUGUUUUUUUAG